AUGCGGUCGCGACACCUCCUCGUGGUUCUCAUUGUUCUGAUAUCGUGCUCGUUCGCUCGCGCGGGUAUCGCUCACGCGAAGGCGAGAGCGGGGGACGUCGAAUACUUUCACGACGCGAUGGAGCUGGACGAGAUAAACGAAAGGGAAGAGGGGACGGGGCAAACGCCUCUGAUGGCGGCGUCUCUCGCGGGAAUGCACCUCGCCGUCGAGAAGCUCCUAGAUCUCGGCGCCGACGCCGACAUCCCCGAGAAGGACGGGUACAACCCCCCGCACGGCGUCGCGUUCCAGGGCCGGCCGCUCGCGGCGAGAGCGCUCAUCGCGCGCGGCAUCCCCGUCGACGUCGCGCACGCGGACGGGUUCACGCCGCUGCAUCGGACGGUGUGGGGGAGAUCGCCGUCGCACUUGGAGACCGCGAUCGUGCUCAUGAGCGACGGGGGUGCGGACGUGAACCGUGUGGACGCGGCGGGAUACCCCGUCGCGCAUCGCGCGGUGGGAGAGCGAAAGGGAAGGGCUUGGAUCGACGCGUUGCUGCGGCACGGCGCCGACGUCGCGUAUCAAGUGGAGGACACGGGGGACACGCUUCUGCACGCGGCGGUGAUGUCACAGGACGUGGAAGUCAUCGAAGCCGUCGUAGAGGCUGGUGGAGACGUCCUCGUGAAGAACAAAAAAGGUCUGACGCCGAGAGGCCUCGCGAAAUCGUUGGGUUUGGAAGCCGCGACGAACGUGUUGUCGCGUACGAAGUUCGCGCGCGGCAAAGAAGAGUUGUAG